ACAGAAGGCCUAUAGCAGAGAAGGAGGAAAACACAUGAACAGAGAGCCAGAGAGAGAAAAACAUCCCACAGACAGCUUGUCAAAAACUAAAAAGGACAGGGGAAGGAAUCUCGGACUCCACAAGCAGGAUAAGAGAUAAAGGAAAAAAUGGGCCUGAUCAUUUUAAAAAGAAAACCAAGUCCAUUCUUUCUUUAACAGGAUCAUAAGGAUAACCCUUUCCGAAAGUUAUUUUUUGUUUACCUGCUUGGAGUGACACAGCUUAACUGCUGCGCUGGACCUGCUGAGGAAAACACAGAGCCGGAGGAAGGGCACCAGGAGGAGACGGGCGGCCGCCAGGUCGAGCAGGAAGCUUGAGCACAGGCUCCGCGGUGUGAUGAGGACGGCCAGGCGGGCGAGCAAUGUGGAGGUGCCCUCCUUCCUCCGCCAGCUGGUCAAAGAGACCGAGAAGAUGGUGACCUUUUUCUUCAAAGGGGGGUCCAGGGAAGCGGGCUCUGGGGAGGAGGACAGUUUGGAUGAGGAUGACUUGAUGCCGAGCCCGUACCUGGACCAUCCCAUGUUGGAAAAGCACGUGUCUGAGGGAGAGUCUCAGUCGGGGGUGAGCUACGCCCUUGCGAGCAUGCAGGGCUGGAGGGCUCAGAUGGAGGAUGCCCACACCUGCAUGCCCCGGCUAAGAGGAGACCUGACAGAGUGGGGAUACUUUGCUGUUUUUGACGGACAUGCAGGCACCACAGUGGCACAGUACUGCUCAAGAAACCUCCUGGAUCACAUCCUGUCAACAGGUGGGGUUAAAGCAAGCGAGGACCCUGAGCAGGUGAAGGAGGGGAUCCGUGAGGGCUUCCUGGACAUCGAUCGCCACAUGCACAAACUGGCUCGCCAGGACAACUGGGACCGAAGUGGCACAACCGCGGCGGCCGUCAUGAUUUCACCACGUCACAUUUACUUCAUCAAUUGCGGGGACUCCCGCACUCUGCUCUGCCACAGCGGCCAGGUGGUCUUCUACACAGAGGACCACAAGCCGUUCAAUCCCAGAGAAAAGGAGCGCAUCCAGAACGCUGGAGGCUCGGUGACCCUGCAGAGAGUCAACGGCUCGCUGGCCGUCUCCAGGGCACUGGGGGACUUUGACUUCAAGGAGGUGGAGUGGAGGCCACAGACUGAGCAGCUGGUGUCGCCAGAGCCAGAGGUGUACGAGCUGGAGAGGACGCCAGAAGACGAGUUCCUAAUUCUAGCAUGUGACGGUGUGUGGGACGCCAUCGGAAAUGAGGAACUGUGUGCCUUUGUGCGCAGCCGUCUGCAGGUGUGCGAUGACAUGAGGGAGAUUUGUACCCAAGUCAUUGACCUCUGCCUCUAUAAGGGCAGCUUGGACAACAUCAGCAUCAUCCUCGUCUGCUUCCCCGGCGCCCCCAAGGUGUCACAGGAGGCACUGAAGCAGGAGGCUGCGCUGGAGCAACACAUUGACAUGAAAGUGGAAGAAAUUAUCCAGAUGAUGAGGUCCAAAGAUGAGGACCCCGACCUUCUCUAUGUCAUCAAAUUCCUGGCCGCAGAAGAGAUGCCAGGACUUCCACCAGGAGGAGGCAUCACCAGCAAGCGAGACUGCAUCAUCUCUGCAUAUCAGAAACACAUUACUACUCUUAGAACUCAGGAGCCAAUGGACAUUGAGGCAUCGGAGGAGGACUCAAAUUGAAGCCGUUACUAUGGAAACAGACUGACCAUCAGCUUCACCAUCUCCACGGAGACCAGUUUAGACGCCGUUUACAUGUGCGUUUUAGAUGAGCACUGAACCAAUGAAAAAUUCUUCAUGUAAUAUAUUCUCUUUGAGUAUUUGCUUCGUGGGGAAUUAAAGUGAAAUGUGAAUGAAAAAACCCGCUGUGUUGUAGUAUUUAAUACUUUUUAAUCAUACAGAAAGACACUGAUGGAUAUUUAGUAAAUACUAGAAGCUUCUGAAUGAUGCAGCUCAUUUACAUUACUGUGUGGUACUGUAUACAAAUUGUACACAUGGAAAACAAACUCACACUCAUUAUCC